UGAAGCCCCACAGUUUGUUCCAGAUCUUGCAGCGGCACUUUAACCUCACAGUUACAGAGAUACGUGUGGAAUUUUUUUUAUUGUUGCUGCCAUCGUCAUUGUUGCAUAAUGGUGGGGAUUCCAGGGUCCUUCCAAUUUACUGGUGAUAAGAGAGUACCAGUGAUGCCUGGAUCUCCUGUUGAAGUGAAGAUCCACUCCAGAUCCUCUCCUCCCACUAUGGCACCUUUGCCACCCAUGAAUCCCAGUGGGCCACGGCCUGUGUCUUUUCCACCCGCGUCAUUAUCUACUGGCAUCAACCACUCCCCCCCUUCUUUGAAUGGAGCCCCCUCUCCCCCUCAGCGUUCCAGCAAUGGACCUUCCUCGUCCUCGUCAUCUUCCCUGGCCAAUCAGCAGCUCCCAGCUACCUGCGGGGUGAGACAGCUUAGCAAACUGAAAAGGUUCCUCACCACGCUUCAGCAAUUUGGAAAUGAUAUCUCACCGGAAAUAGGGGAGAAAGUUCGGACCCUUGUCCUGGCCCUAGUGAACUCAACUGUAACCAUUGAAGAAUUUCACUGCAAACUGCAGGAGGCCACUAACUUUCCCCUCCGACCUUUCGUCAUCCCAUUCCUUAAGGCCAACCUACCACUUCUCCAGCGUGAGUUGCUGCACUGUGCCCGUGCUGCCAAACAGACACCCUCACAGUACUUGGCACAGCAUGAGCAUAUCCUCCUUAACACAAACAGCAGCUCCUCCUCUUCCUCUCCAUCUGACUCCUCAGAACUACUCAUGGAGGUGAAUGGAAAUGGGACAAGACAUAGCCCAGACAGGAGAGAAGAUAGCUGCUUUGAGAGAGACUCUGUUCCUCCAGAACCUCCUGCCAAGAGAGUCUGCACUAUUAGCCCGGCUCCUCGUCACAGUCCUGCCCUGUCAUUGCCACUGCUUAAUAAUGCUAGUCAGUUUCACCCAACUCCACCACCCCUGCAACACUAUUCUCUGGAUGAUAUUCCCGGAUCACAUCUAUACAGAGACCCUCUGAACAAGAUUGGCGAGCACAGGGAUGUACGAGAACGGCACCACACAAUAGGAAUAAAUGGCAGUUUAAAUAAUGGUUACCAAGAUGAGCUGGUAGACCAUCGGCUCACUGAGAGAGAAUGGGCAGAGGAAUGGAAGCAUCUGGACCAUGCUCUAAACUGUAUUAUGGAGAUGGUAGAGAAGACGCGUCGCUCAAUGGCUGUCCUGAGAAAAUGUCAAGAAGUGGAUAGAGAUGAGUUGAACUAUUGGAAGAGGCGCUGCAGUGAAUCAGUUGAUCUCCGGAAGGGGGGGGACCAACUAAGUAGACAACACAGCCCAACCAGUACCGACUCUGGAUCUAAUGAUUCUCUCCGGGACUUUGCAAGCAGAACCGGAACAGGCUACGUUACCGAUGAGAUCUGGAGGAAAGCAGGUACAGGAUGUCACCUAACAUCUGGGGACAGAGCACUCCAAGAGGAGGCUGUGAAUGAGGUAAAGCGUCAGGCCAUGUCUGAGGUGCAGAAAGCUGUGUCAGAGGCUGAACAGAAGGCGUUUGAGAUGAUCGCCUCAGAGAGAGCUAGAAUGGAACAGACCAUCGCAGAUGCCAAGCGAAGAGCUGCUGAGGAUGCCUUUCUGGUGGUGAAUGAACAGGAAGAAUCAACAGAGAGCUGCUGGAACUGUGGUCGUAAAGCAAGUGAAACCUGCAGCGGCUGUAACAUUGCACGCUAUUGUGGCUCAUUCUGCCAGCAUAAAGACUGGGAGAAACAUCAUCGAAUCUGUGGGCAAAGUAUGCAUGGCCCAGGAAAACCCUUGACCUCUGCAGGGAACCGUACAGUGCUCUCCAAAUCUGCCGACCCUGUUCUUCUGAGUCCUGCUUUGGAUCGGUCAUCCAAUGCCACCUCGCGUUCCUCUACUCCGGCAUCCAUCACUGCUGUGGAAGGCUUGUGAAAAUCACUUUGUGUUUUCUUUUUUUCCUUCACAAGACUUGUAUAAAAUUGAAUGGACACAUUAUAUAGUUGGCCUGUGAACUUCAAAGAGAGGCCAACAUAAACCAAUUGAUUUGAAGGUGAUUUGAAAUAAUCCUGUCAGAAGUCUAGCCGUUGACAAGAUGGUGUCUUACCUAACAUGCUGAAAUAUAAAUGGAGAACUAGUGUGGUGACUGGAGAGCAAAGAUCUUAAAUUUAUUACGUUCAUGUUUUCAGUGCAAGAGAAUGAGGACGUUUCAAAACACAGUACGCUGCUUCUCUUGUGGUAUCUUAUUUUUUUUUUCUUAGUGUUUCAAAACUAAUCUAAAAGGAAUUUUUUUUUGUCUGCAAUCAGCCAUUCAACGCAUCUGAGAUUUAUGUCUUGGUGGCAUGAUUUCCCCUUGCAUGAUUCUUUUAUCUGUAAAUGUGUUCUCCCAUCACUGUACAGCAGGGGUCUGUUUUACCCUUUUAUUGUAAUAUUUCCACUGUAUUUUAUACUUAAAUAAGCCUAGGAAUACAAAACUCCCCCCCGCCAAUUUAAAUAUUUACUAGUAGCCAAUGUCUAUAUGACGAUGGAGUUUUAUUUUUCCUCAUUUCAAGAGGAAAUAGUCACCUCUGUCUGUAUAAUAUAGGUCGACUUUAAAAUAGAUCGCACAACCAACUUUUUGCACAGGUUGUGUUAUUAGUUACAGUAAACUUGCACUUACAGUAAUCAAGUUGCUAUGAUGCAAGCUAAAUACAAUUUUAUAAAAGGUUGGGGAAAAAAGUAUAAUGUAGUAGUAUGUUAAAUCCCCCCCCCCCCCCCCGACACACACACAAUAAAUAUAUAUAUAUAGUCUGGAAUUCACACACACAUACUUUCUCAUUUCUAUAGCAGAUCUACAUGUUUUCUGGCUUUUACAGAUAACGCUUCCUGCAAGUAGGGGUGCACAACUGCUGACAAGUAGCUUUUCAGAUAUAUCUUGUAUACUUACAAAGUUCCCCAUAAAGUAAAUAAGUUUUAAAAAUUAGAGUCAAGUAAUAUUUUUUUUGCGAAUUAAUGUUCUAAAGUGUAAACAAAAAUAUGUAAAUAUUUUUUUUUUCUCUCUUAGAAAUACCCUUUUUCCAAAAGGUGUUAAUAGUAUUUUUCUCAUAAGAUACUUUUUUUAAAGGGACAUUGCAGUCAAUAGUUUGCUGGGUCUGUUCAGCCUCUGUAUUGCUGAGCACUUUGCAAUGCAAAAUGUGGUAAAAAGGCGGCUACUAUUGCCUAUUUUAAUUCUACUUUGUAAGUGCUGCUGCACAGUAGUAUGCUGGGGUUGCAAAACCCCCAACAUAUUACUGUCAUUUAACACACACGUCUGGCUUAUGACAAGCAUUUCAUGUCUGCUUGCUUUGUCAUCUGGUGUGAAAACGUAAUACUUAUGCAAGGGAAAAGCUUAGUGUCACUCCCUGAAACAUAAUUCUAUUUACUUAUAUAAAUCUCAAUAACAUAUAUCUUUAACGGUCUUUUACAUUCUCCCAGCCGUGUAGUCCAUUAGUAAAAGAUGCUUGUUUUCCUUUGAUUUCAGAUAAAGCUACAUACAGUAUAUGUAUAAUGCAAGGGUAAUCUAUUCAAUAAUAAACAAUUUAUUCUCUGCGGUAUCACUCUGCCGUUCAUGGAAAAGAAUAAUAAACCUUUCAUCAAAUAAAAUAGCCAACUAAGAUAUUUACAAAAACAUUUAUUUCAGUGACUGGUUUAUUUUAAAAUGUAUUCUUUUUGUCAUUUGAACUUGUAUAAAUACAAAAUAAAAAAUGUAUAACUUUAA